AUGGCUUUGAAUUACUCUCCUUUUUCAUCAAUAACCUGGGAUUGGACUAGUUGUUCAUUAGAUCAAUCGCAAUCUCAACACUGUGACUUAAAAUUCAGAUCUUCAUCCAAUCUAAAUCAAACUUCUAUAAACAAGGUUGACCAGUCUAACAAAUUAAUUGAUAUCCACAACACUUAUACUAAGCUAAACAAGUUUGAUUUGCCAGAUUCCAACACCUACCUGUCCUAUAACAAUUCAACUGAUAGCAACAUCUACACCGCUACUGGAGGUAAAAUUAAGGACAUUGACCAAUUAAAAUGGCAAAUACCAAAAAAUACUAACAGCCAUUGUAAUGCCAGAACUAAAGUUAACUACAGCGAUCCAUACAGCUAUGAGCAUUCGAAAAAAAAGUUUAACCAACAUUCUCAAUGCUAUUCCCCACUCUUGUACAAAAAAGACAUAACCUGUACAUUCCACAACAAUGAUAACAACAACGAAUUUGGCAGCUACACAAACAACAAAACAAAACAAAAUACACACCAGAAUAUGUUUCAAAACAUACAGAACAAGAUACAUAAGAACAUUCCUCAACAUAUACAACACCAACAACAGAUAUUUUGUGAUAGCUACAAAUCGGUGGAAGUAUCUUCCACUGAAAAACUAAAUUUGCCAUUUGUCAAUUUGUGGGACUCGAAGAAAUCGAUGUUUCUGAAGAUUUUGACCACUCAGAUCGUUUCUGGUACCAUUAUUGGUAAGGGAGGGAAAGGAUUAAAUUGGUUCAGACGCAAGUCAAGGGUAGAUGAUAUCCACUUAUCAAUGCCAUGGGAAGUCUAUCCUGGGACAGAAUACAGAACUAUUUUACUUCGAGGUACAAUCAAAUCGGUUGUUAAGGCUGUAACUAUGAUUUCUGAUCUGAUGACCCAUAAGUCCGAGUCUGAGUUCUGUACUCAAGGUGCUUCAACUUGCAUAUUUGUACUUAUUGUAUUACCUGAUAUAUUACUACCUAAAGUAUUGGAAUUAAAGUCGGCAUACAGCCCAAAAUUUGUAUCAAUAGUCCCAUACAAUGAACCCGAUUUUAAUGAGAUUGUUGUGUCGUUUAAGGGCGACCGCCAGUUAUUGCGUAACAUCAUAUCAUACUUUGUUCACCUAAUUGACCAGAUAAUAGGAAUCACAAACUACUGUUUCAUCUCCUACAAAAUCGACAAGGAAUCCAAUAUUAAUGCUGAUAAUGAGAAAUUCGCUAAUAAAACUAACGAUGUUAAUUUGCAAAAUACAAUCAGUCUUUUAUCGGCACAAGAAUAUGAUAAUAUACCUAAUGCGGAGAUCGAUGAAAAAAAUGAAACCUCAAACCUAAAUUUAACACUCAAUGACUUGGCCCCAGACAAUAUAACGUCUUCUGGAACAACAGACGGUUAUUUGCAUGCUAUAGAUAUUGCUACUAGCAAAUUUACCCCUCCCAGCUUGACAUAUAACGAAUACGCUCCUGAAAUUUUGAAAGACACGGGCAUUUUCUAUUCUAAUAAUUGUAAAGAUGGGAAUGAACUGUUCAACACUACAUAUUGCUUCUCUUCCUCCCCUCUGCUCGACCAAAGCUAUUCUACAAAUAUGCAUGAAGUUUCGAACUAUCCCAUUACACUGUCCCUUUCAUUGCCACACAACGUAGAUUUGACGGCCCUACUAAUGAAUUAUCCGCAGUUUCACAAUUUGGAUCUGCCAAGGAACGACGCAGGCCAGCCAAUUUGCAAUUUUACUGGCACUUUUAAUGACGUAUUCGCUAAAGUUUCUGUUUUCAUCUCCGAAAUACACGCUCACACACGCGCCACCUAA